AUGGAAAAAGUCGCUUCUCUCAAUACUUCUGGAAACCGGGGCGACGACUUGAACGUAGAACCUACACACAAACACGUGCGCACGCCAACGCCCACGUACGCACGCAGGCAUACAUGCACACCCACCACUCGAGGCAUUUCCGACCAAUCGGGUGGCUUGACCCCUCGAGCGUGCAAUAAAGCUCAAAUCCGCGCGAUUGGCCGAAGCAAGUGCGCGCUACACGCAUACGCAAAGACUGCCGCUGCUGUUGUUAUCGUUGCUGUUAUUGUAGUUGUUAUUGUUGAUGUUGUGGGUGGGCUGCAUCACCCAACGUCACUAUUGCCGACCUCCGCCUCCCAUCGCUCACCUGCUUAG